UGAUCAGUGAAUUGUGUACGCUUAUAUAACUUUCCCCCCUUUCCUUCUCUCCACGUAUAUGCAGUAUGUGUAUAUUUACGUAUAUUUAAUUUUAUACGUUAUACCGACCCGGAUUGGAUCCUGCAACGUUAUUCUGGGACACGUAUAUUCGCCCUCAUUACAUAUUUUUAGAUCCGUUGUUAGACUCUGAAGGAAGGGAAAGCUGAAGGUGGAAAAGGAUCACUGGGUCUGAUUAUGGAGGCUGCAGCGUCUCCUCCGCCGCUAAUCUGCCCCAUGGCUUCGGAGAAGAAUGCCCGCAUCCUGAUCGGGGUAACUGGGAGUGUGGCUGCGCUAAAGUUGCCUCUUUUGGUGGCAGAGCUUCUGAAGAUACCUGGACUGGAGGUUCUAGUGGUGACAACAGAAAGUGCAAAACACUUCUAUAAACCCGAAGAGAUUCCUGUCAGAAUCUACAGUGACUCUGAUGAGUGGCAGCUGUGGAAAAAGCGCACCGACCCUGUGCUACAUAUUGACUUGAGGCGUUGGGCUGACCUCAUGCUGGUGGCUCCUCUGGAUGCAAACACCCUCGCCAAAAUUGCAAAUGGUAUUUGUGACAACUUACUGACGUGCGUCAUCCGCGCCUGGGACGUGAGCAAACCUUUGCUCUUCUGCCCUGCCAUGAACACCCUUAUGUGGGAGCACCCCAUCACAGCUCAGCAAGUGGGGCAGCUGAAAGAAUUUGGCUACAUAGAGAUCCCUUGCAUAGUGAAGAAGCUGGUUUGUGGAGACGAAGGCCGAGGGGCCAUGGCCGACAUUUCAAGCAUUGUGGAAAAAACAGAGGCGGUGCUGUUGGAACGGGGCCUGCUGAAGCCGCGCUGAUUCCCAAAUUACAGUCCUCUUGUAAGAUGUUUAUGCAGUUUGGAAAGCAGUGGUAUACUUGGGGAUAUGACUCAACUCAAUGCAUUGCAUAUGCAACUUCCCAAUCCUUGGUCUCUUCAAUCAAAAAGAUCGGGUGACCAGUGAGCAAGCAUCUGAUGAGGCCGUCAGCCAUCCAACAGAUAUUGGAUCUCCCUCUUCACAGCUUGCUUGGCCUUUAAAUGCUGCAUGGCUCCCGAUGACUCUGGUCUUCGGAGAGGGAAGAACAUUUUUAUAGCUGUUGUGAAAAGUUGUGGUCCAAAGCUCAAAGGUAAAGGAAGGUCAUGUUUGGAAAUACCACCACCACCACCACCACGUGCCAAGUGGCCUUGCAGAGGGUAGCCAAUGAGGUUGACUUUUCACAAAUGUUGACGGAUGUUUGUCGGCCCAGUUGCGCAAAUGGGAUCUGAUGAUCUGCAGGUCAUCACACGGUGCUGAAGAUAAAAAGCUCUUUGCCUUCAGUCUGGACACGCCGAGGAAUGUUGUGCAGAAGAUCUGGUUGUGCAAACCCCCCAUAGAGCAGGCUGGCAAUAGCCAAAAUGAAAGGGUCUCUUUGAAUUUUGACAUUCCAGCCCUUGUCCUAUCUGAGAAAAACAGCCAAGGAGAAUCCGUAACGGGCCUAUUCCAUCGAAGGUGCUUCAAAGCACAGGUAGUCCUCAGGUUACAACAGUUCAUUUAGUGACUGUUCAAAGUUACAACAGCACUGAUAAAAGUGAUGACCAUUUUUCAUACCAGCGUUGCAGCAUUCUCCAGUGAUCAAAAUUCAGACGCUUGGCAACCUGAUUCCCAUUUAUGACGGUCGCAGCGUCCCAGGGUCACCUUCUGACAAGCAAAGUCAGAUUCACUUAACAACCGUGUCACUAAGGUAACUGCAGCUGUUCACAACAACGGUGGCAAGGGAGGUUGUAAACGGGGGCAAACCGCCCUUAUAUAUAUAUAUAGAAUAGAGCUGGAAGGGACCUUGGAGGUCUUCUAGUCCAGCCCCCCGCUCAAGCAGGAGAACCUACAUCAUCUCAGAUAGGUGAUUGUCUAGUCUUUUCUUAAAGAUCUCCAGUGAUGGGUAUUUGUGGGGGGAGCCCUGAAUAAAUGUCUCAUUUGGCCAUCCCUCUCGAUGUACGGAGUUCAACUCUCCUGUUUUCAGCAAUGGCGGUAAUUGAUGGAGAAGGCAGAGGUGAAGAAGAAGAAGAAGAAGAAGAAGAAGAAGAAGAAGAAGAAGAAGAAGAAGAAGAAGA